AUGGAAGCAAUACCUACGGCAGCACCAGCCACCUACAGCUAUCGACAGAGGCGACAAGAAGCGGUGGCAGCCUCGGGGCAUCGCCUGCUCCACCCCUCGCUCGCCCACCUCCGUCCAGUAGAGCACCUGGUGCCGGGGCUGCGGCGGCUGGUCGCGGAUGAUAGUACGCCCCAGGAGGGGAGGGACGGUGGUGCUGCUCUCGCGGAGGACCACUGGACAGAGGGCGUGGAGCUGCUCCACCAGUGGCGCGACCUGCACCGUCUGCGUCUGUUCAGCGACGCCUUCUCGCGCCAGCUGAUCGAGGAGGUGGAGCACUACCUGAACUCGCCGGCGCCGAAGACCAGCGAGAUCGUGCUCGAGGAAUGCAUGCGGGGCCUCGUGGACCGGGUGCUGGGUCCGUUGGUGGCUCGGCUCUAUCCCGACGUGGCCGCCGGCUUGAACUACCAUCACUCCUUCAUCAUCAGGAACUCGUGGUGGGAGAGCGACGACUUCCAGCUGUGGCGAUACGUGGACGAAGAGAGCGGCGAGCCGACCAGCAGGCAUGUGGACGACAGCGUGGUCACCUUCAACAUUUGCCUGGGCGUAGGCGAUUUUGGGGGUUGUGAGCUCCGAUUCUAUGGCCACAACAAGAGCGAGGACUACCGACGAGAUCGCUACUUUGAGUAUGAGCAGGUGCCUGGUGUGGGAGUGAUACACCUGGGCAGCAAUGAACACGAGGUCCUGCCCAUGACAUCACCCGGCAAGCGCUACAACCUGAUCAUCUGGCUCUCUCCACGAAGGUGA